ACAGUUAUCAUAUAAUAAGGUGAAAUGCAAAACAAACAUGAUUCUCGUAUCGUGUGUUUUGAGAUGACUGGGUGUAAAUUUAGUAAUGUGUCGCAUAUAUAAUAUGGCUGUAUGAGAAAAGAUUCGUUGCUGGAAAUCAGAGAGUUACUUAUGAUAAUUUACGUGUGUAUCUGUCACAUGCGUGUUACAUCACAAACAUUUUACAUGGGAUAUCAUUAUUGCCCAAAAGGAACUGAAAUAGCAAGCAUAACGACAGGUGUUUGGUUUGGUGGAAAAUAUUUCAAUGUUUGACGCAAUGGUCACCGAAAAGCUGGAUUUAAUGUUUGGGCAGGGCAUACAGGAGGGAAUGCAAGUGAAUGGUAAAAAGUACACGCCACAGCGUGUAUUUGAUUGUACGGAGGAAACCGAUCAUGUCCUUACAUCAAGCGAAAAAAUAAAAUAUGCUAGACUGUGUGAAACGCCGAGCAGGAGUGUGCGCCGUUUUAAACAAAAUUGCAGUCGGAUCUUGAACCCGUUAUCACGUAAGACAAAAGGGCUCAUGCAGACGCCCGUGUGCCCGUCAGCGGACAGUCUGGACGAGCCACUUCGGACGAGCGCCGGGAACGCUCCCUCACCGAUGCAUGCUUCCUUCUGGAGCAUGGACACCCCGGCGACUCAGCCAAGAGGACUCAUCGAUGGAAGAAUGCGUCCGCCGCUGACCCUGUGUGCAUCGGACGGACAAUUCUUGCGGACCCCGAGUACCCCAAGACGCCUAUCUAUGUCCAGAGUAGACACCCCACUGCGUCUGUCUAUGUCUACGAUAGACACCCCGCUGCGCCGGUCGUUUUGGAGCAUGAAUACACCCAGGCGUUUGUGCACGGGAAGCUUUGGAAACGGUCAUGCCACACCGAAACGCCAACUUGUUCGAGUCACGGAAAACGCCAUCGAGACAUUUGUAAAGGACAAUAUAGAGUCCAACAUACCGGUGAUUCGGCAUCUGGAAAACCUCUCCUACAAAUUGUGGGUGGAAUCGAAUACGGCGUUCCUGUUGGAGGCAGCGAUGACAGACGACGCCGACGACGACGGGUGGAUUUGGGACGAAGACUGCUUCUUUUCCAGUUCACUCGAGAGUAACGCCGUAAAAUCGCUUCAGGAUGCGGACAGCGGAAGUUCCAUUGGCAGCUCCAUCCGGGUGUGUGACGACAGCGACUGCUCAUUUGGCUACCUUGCUAGCUGCGAAUCACUGGAUACGUGCACUGACCAGUUCCCGCAAUGCCGUAAACUGUGCGAUACAAACCACAAAAUUAGCAUACCAAAACGAAAUAACUUUUGUCACAAAUCUCCCGAAAUAAGAACAUCCACGAAUUUUGAAUCUAAAAAGGACAGGACGAGAAGAAAUGCUGUUUUGGAUCAUGUGAACACGUUUUCAUAUCAAAGAGACAUAUCAGUAACAGAGAAUGCUCCAACUGACGAUGUUUUGCUGGAUGAUAUUUUGUUUUCGUAUAAUUGCUAUCAGGAAAAUGUUCCACGUUCGAACGGUAGUCCUAUGGGUAUUGCGACCAACAAUGAGGAUGAGUGGGUUAUUGUCGAUGACGACUGUGUACCGGAAGUAUCUGGUGCAGGCACGCACACUUCUUGUCGUGGACGAUCAUCUCCCGUCGAUAUAAAGAGAGGACAAGGAAUCGCAAAGUGGAAUGGGGAUUCGACCAAAUGCAAGAAAUUUCAUGGCAAUAAAGAUUGUAACGAUGAUUCGAUGGAAAUUACUGAAUCCGUGGAUUUAUCCGAGUGGGCUAUCUUGUCACUUAAUAUUACCGAGCGAACACAGUAUUAUAGAGCGCCGCGUACGGAGCGAUCUAGCACAGGCUGUGCGACGGACAACCAACGUACGCUAAUCUUUAAAACAGUCCGAGAGGCCAUUCGGCAACUGGGCAUGGAGGCUGGCAACAACGCCUCAAACAACAGUUACUUCGUCACUUCAGGUGGAGAUACACGCGCUCGUAUCGAUAGACCGGAGACCGACGGAAACGCUUUCUUACAAUGCGGUCCGGACAAUGUUGUGAUUAUUUGCAUGAUGUUACCGAAAUUAAAAUAACAUGAAACAUG